GGGCCCUUAUCAGGCACCUCUGUGUAAUCCCCUGGGGCCGGGGACACGGGCAGGAGGCCAAAGAGAGGAGAGGAGAGCAGCCCAAGCCGGACCAACAGAUGCUCCUGGUCCCUGGUGUCCCCGGGCCGCUGGGUGUGAGGGCAGCCGCUCCGAGCCGAGGCCUGGCUGCGAGGAGGAUGCCCCGGCCGCCCGCCCGCUCCCGCCUGCACCAUGAGUGAGGAGCAGCGGCCGCCUGGCAGCGCCGUGGGCUGGCUGGCGUGCGGGGGCCUCUCCCUGCUGGCCAACGCCUGGGGCAUCCUCAGCGUGGGUGCCAAGCAGAAGAAGUGGAAGCCGCUGGAGUUCCUGCUGUGCACGCUGGCGGCCACGCACAUGCUCAACGUGGCGGUGCCCAUCGCCACCUACGCCGUGGUGCAGCUGCGGCGGCAGCGCCCCGGCUACGAGUGGAACGAGGGCCUCUGCAAGGUCUUCGUGUCCACCUUCUACACCCUCACCCUGGCCACCUGCUUCUCCGUCACCUCCCUGUCCUACCACCGCAUGUGGAUGGUCCGCUGGCCCGUGAACUACAGGCUGAGCAACGCCAAGAAGCAGGCGGUGCACACGGUCAUGGGCAUCUGGAUGGUGUCCUUCACCCUGUCGGCCCUGCCUGCCGUCGGCUGGCACGACACGAGCGAGCGCUUCUACGCCCACGGCUGCCGCUUCAUCGUGGCCGAGAUCGGCCUGGGCUUCGGUGUCUGCUUCCUGCUGCUGGUGGGGGGCAGCGUGGCCAUGGGCGCCGUGUGCACAGCCAUCGCCCUCUUCCAGACGCUGGCCGCACGGGCGGGGCGCCGGGCGGGCCGCCGGGCCUUCACGGUGCCCACCAUCGUGGUAGAGGACGCGCAGGGCAAGCGCCGCUCCUCCAUCGAGGGCUCCGAGCCCGCCAAGACCUCGCUGCAGAUCACGGGCCUGGUGGCCACCAUUGUCUUCAUCUACGACUGCCUCAUGGGCUUCCCCGUGCUGGUGGUGAGCUUCAGCAGCCUGCGGGCGGAUGCCUCGGCACCCUGGAUGGUGCUGUGCGUGCUGUGGUGCUCCGUGGCCCAGGCCCUGCUGCUGCCCAUCUUCCUCUGGGCCUGCGACCGCUACCGCGCCGACCUCAAGGCCGUCUGGGAGAAGUGCACCGCGCUCAUGGCCAACGACGAGGAUUCGGGCGAUGACACCAGCCUGGAGGGGGGCCUGCCCCAGGACCUGGUGCUGGAGCGCUCCCUGGACUACAGCUGUGGGGGCGACUUUGUGGCCCUGGACAGGAUGGCCAACUACGAGCUGCCCCUGGAGGGGGCCCUGCCCCAUCUCUACCCGCUGGGGCCCUUGCAGGAGGACAAGAUGCAGUACCUGCAGGUCCCGCCCACGAGACGCUUCUCGCACGAAGAUGCGGACCUCUGGGCCGUGGUGCCGCUGCCCGCCUUCCUGCCGCGCUGGGGCUUCGGCGAGAACCUGGCCGCCCUGGUGCAGGCCGCUGGGCCCCACCGGCGCCGCGACAGCCCGCGGGUCCCCGCGGAGGACGCGCCCCCGUUUCCGCCCGCGCCGCCGCUCCAUGCGCACGUCCGGCCCCUGCAGCCGGGCCUGAGCGCGUCGUGGGGCGAGCCCGCGGGCCUGCACGUGGCGGGCGGCGGCGGCAGCACCAGCAGCUUCCUGAGCUCGCCGUCCGAGUCCUCGGGCUACGUCACGCUGCACUCGGACUCGCUGGGCUCCGCGACCUAGGGCCGCCCUGGACCAAAGCACCAAAGAUGCCCGCUGCCCCCCAGCUCAGAGCAGGGCCAGCCCUCGGGGCGAAGGGCAAAGCCUUGUCCCCGUGAUGAGGGCAUGCGGAGGGCGACAGCUGCCCUGGACGACUGUGCGGGGCACUUGCUCUGGGCUUGGGUAAAGGAGGCUCUGCACGCGCCCAGCGCUUCCAGGCGGGGAGCCCCAGGACAGGCCACCCCCAGACGAAACAGAGCCCCGCUCUGCAGGAAGGGGAGCCACGGACCGCCGCUCUCCACCCGGCACUAACCCGUCCCGCCUCUGCGGUGGGACUCGGAGGUCUAAGCACAGUGUCUUCGGAGCCCAAGCAGCUCAGAGCAGCCUCCCUGCCGACCGUCCUGCCUCUGCGCCCCCGUCUGUGAGGCAGGCGACCAGGUUAACUCAGGACUGAACAAGUGCUGGUCCCAGUGCUCUGACCACGGAGCGGACAGGGCAGGAGAGGUAGUCUCAGGCCCUCCGCGGCCCCAGGCCUGAGGCCUCCUGCUCUCUGCCGCUGGCCCCUUGGGAACUCACCACACACACCCCUACUAAAGCACAACUCACACAUCCUCGCGGUUGGCACCAUCCCCACCUUGCCACUGUUAUGUCCUCACUGCCUGUCCCCACACGGUGGCCACCUCUGUGACUACCACCACGGAGGCCGUGGGUCCCUGGUGGGAAGGACUGGAGCGAAGGAGGAGUGGGCUUUCUUACUCUGCCCCCCUGCCCCAUCCCCGCCCUACGGGUGUGGCCCACAGCCUCCCAGGUUCUGACAGGGUUCCCCCCUCCC